GAAAAGACUGACUGAAGUAAUCGAUUAUUCAGGUUUGACAGUGACUGCUGUGAAGGACUUUGGGGAGUGGAACUUGGAAGCUGGAGCACUGGUGCUUGCAGAUGGAGGCCUUUGUUGCAUUGACGAGUUCAACAGUAUCAAGGAACAUGACAGAACCAGUAUCCAUGAAGCAAUGGAACAGCAAACCAUCAGUGUUGCAAAGGCAGGCUUGGUGUGCAAGCUUAAUACAAGGACAACUAUCCUGGCAGCAACAAACCCAAAAGGCCAUUAUGACCCUAAUGAGUCUGUCUCUGUCAACAUAGCUCUUGGCAGUCCCCUGUUGAGCAGAUUUGACCUGGUCUUGGUAUUGUUAGAUACAAAGAACGAGGAAUGGGACCGCAUCAUUUCAUCCUUCAUCUUGCAAAAUAAGGGUUGCCCAAGCAAAUCAGAAAAGCUCUGGAGCAUGGAAAAGAUGAAAACCUACUUCUGCCUUAUAAAAAGCAUACAGCCAAAAUUGUCUGAUGAGAGCAACCUGAUCCUGGUACGCUACUAUCAAAUGCAGCGUCAGAGUGACUGCAGAAACGCUGCCAGGACUACCAUUCGCUUGUUAGAGAGUUUGAUACGCCUUGCAGAAGCUCAUGCCCGGUUGAUGUUUAGGGAUACCGUAACUUUGGAAGAUGCUGUAACCGUGGUAUCGGUGAUGGAAUCUUCUAUGCAGGGGGGUGCACUUCUUGGAGGCAUCAAUGCCUUACACACCUCAUUUCCAGAAAAUCCACUGGCGCAGUACCGAACACAGUGUGAACUCAUAUUGGAGCGACUGGAGCUGCAAGAUCUUCUGCAUAAAGAGCUACAAAGGCUUGACAGAUUACUAAAGGAGAAUUCAUGCCAGCUGCAGCCUGAAGAGACAAGUUUCAGUACUACUACAAGAUGCUUGAACAAGGAUACAUUUGAGCAGUCAAAGCAAAUAUCUCAGUCAGAACCUUCAAAUCAACAAGAGAAUAACUCCAGGCCACAGUCACCUCCACCCGAAGGCAUCUGUGAAGGGGUUAUACCUCUAGAAUCCUUACACAACCCAGCACAUGAUAAUAACAAAAAUACAAAACUCUCGAUUAAACAUAGUGAGAGAGGUGAUGAUGGCAGCCUGGCAUGGUUUGACAGCCUGGAAAAGAGCAACACUGAUGCUGAAGAAACUUCUGAGAAAAAGUCUCCAGUGACCAAGAUAUCUCCAAAUAACUUGACUUCAAAAACCCUGAGUAAAACAUCCUGUUCUGAAGAAAGAAGUGCUUCAAUACCAAGGAAGGGAAGCGGAAUGACAGAGUCACUAGCAACUGUGAAUCUGCGUGCUCCUUUGGAACAGGACAAAGUUUCCAAGAUAAGCAGGAAAAGAACUGAAGAACACAACUGUUUUUCUUCAGAAGCAAAUAUUCAAGACUCAGCAUCACCAAGUGCUAGUAUGCAGGCUUCAGUUAUUACACAACGGGUUUCUAAAAGGUGGCAGAGACUGCACACGGAGAAAUCACGUGGAUUUUUUACAAGUACACAGGACCCCGAGGCAAAGGCCCUUCCUUUGGCAUCACCUGUGUCUGGCCUGCCAGAUCUUUCAAGUGAUGCAGAUUCUGUGUUAGGGGAGGAAGAGAACGGUGUAUCUGUAGCAGCAAAAACUACAACAGUUUCCAUGAGAAAACGAGGUAAAGGUCAAGUAAUGAAGGAAACAAAGGUGGUAAGUUCCCAUGAGCCAGAAAUCCUUGACAGUGAAAGUCCUCCAGCAGCUAAACUAGCUAAAUUUUCUUUCAGACCAAGGACAAAACUUGAUCAUUCUUCAGAGGAGAAAAAUGAAGAAUUUUCUCUUUUGCAGAGUGAAACUAUUUUUAAGCCUGGAGAGCAGCUCCAGGGAGAGCAGCUGCCAGAAGAAUGCUGCCCCCCUGAGAAAUGCAAGAUGACAUUGACUCGCUUAGGAAAAAAGGGUUUGGAAAAACGAACAAUUGAUAAUAAAGAGAGAGAAGAGCAACAGAGUCAGGCCUUAGGCAAAGAGAUCAGAGGACGUGCAACAGUAUGCUCUGAUGUAAGUUUUGAUGCUGUGUCAUCUUCACCCACUGAAAAGAAAAGGGAGGGAGAGGAGAAGUUUGGUGGUCCAAGCACAGGGAAAGUGCGCUCCAGCACACUAGCCAAACUGUCAGCAUUCUCCUUUGCAUCACGUCCCGAGUCAAAAUUGGAAACCUCACCUACCGUUAAGAUUGACACUAGCAAGGAAAGCCACAGCCCAUUGCCAAAGCUGCACAUGAGCAAUCCUAGUAGAAGGAAGAGUUUUGCAUUGGGAAAUACUAGUAAAGCCAGUGUGGUGGCACAGAAAUCUCUCUUCUCGAUAGCAGAGCUAGAUGAUGCUACAUUAGAUUUUGAUUGGGACGAAGAGGUUAGAAAAAAUCCAAGCACGUAA